GUAUGUUCCCGCUGAAUUUUCGGACUUCAUGUCCAUAAAAAGAUCUAAUGCUUGAUUUGUCUUUUUUUCUUUUCUUUUUCGUUUUCCAGAGUACGAGUUCAGUUGAGUUGACUCGUUGAGCUAGGACGACUUGACUCGUUCCCCUCUUCUUCUUCGAAUCGAACGACUUCACUCAAACACUGUCGUUUUAGGUGUUGAUCUCGAUUUCGGAUUGAUGCCCCAGGAGUAAUCAUGAACAAAGAGCCGAUUCUCGAAAUUGAACCCAAGGAGCUCAGAUUUACGUUUGAAUUGAUGAAGCAAAGUUCAUGCUCAGUUCAGUUGAGUAAUAACACCUACCACCGUGUCGCUUUCAAGGUCAAGACGACGUCGCCUAGGAAAUAUUCAGUGCGACCUAAUGUUGGAAUUCUCGCCCCAAAAUCUACUUGUGAAUUCAUAGUUACAAUGCAAGCUCCACGGGUAGCACCUGAAGAUAUGGUGUGCAAGGACAAGUUCUUAAUCCAGAGCACAUUGGUUACUGUUGAAACAAACAGUGAAGAUGUUACUUCGAGCUUGUUUGCCAAAGAUGGAAGCAGAUAUAUUGAAGAAAAUAAGCUGAAGGUGGUCCUAAUUAGCCAACCUGAUUCACCAGAACUCUCUUCUAUUAAUGGAGACUUAAAGAAUGGGCUUGAUCACGAAGAAUUUCGGAUAUAUAGUAAAGAUGAAAUCCAAUCCCCAGACCCCAUGGUUCCUAGAAAUUCAGGAUUUAACAUGUUUCACGAGGUAUUAAAGCUUGAAGAGGAUAUGGAGUUGAAGCCAGAACAUGUUAUGGGCCUGAAUGCUAUGAAGCACGUGGAGGAGCAAAAAGAAGAACCAGGGUUAAAAGUGUCAAAAGAUGAGGUGUUGAAUACAGUAAAGGAUGUGGAGGAACUUGAGCCACGAAAAAAAUUAGAGUUAAAAGUUUCAAAAGAUCUGGAUUUGAACACAGAAGAGAAUUCAGAGGAACCGAAGCCAGAAAAAGAAGCAGAGUUAAAAAUGUUAAAAGAUCUGGAUUUGAACACGGUAAAUAAUGUAGAGGAACUGAAGACAGAAAAAGUUGCAUUAAAAGUUCCAAAAGAUCUGGAGUUGAGAACAGUAAAGAAUGUUGAGGAAUUGAAGCAAGAAAAAGAAGCAGAGUUAAGAGUUUCAAGGGGUACAGAUGAGCUGAAAUUAAUGGAAGCUAUUGAAGAGAUGAAGUUAAAACUAGAUGGACUUGAGUCAAAACUAAAUGAGUCUGGAGUAACAAUAUCAAAGUUAACAGAGGAGAGGAGGCUAAGCAAUCAAGAGGCAAAAAUCUUGCAAGACAAAUUAAAAUUAAAGACUUAAAGUACAAUCAAUAUAAAUGGUACCACAGAGGGGGGUCAGGUAUCUGGUCUUUCUAGUAUUUGCUUUGUAUUUAUUUUUUAUAAGAUAGUCAUUAGUUGUUCUAGAGUGUGUGAACUAAUAAUUGUUAUAUGACCGCAGGAGAAGAGAAAGGGGAGGGGAGGUUUGGGGUAAUCAUUUUGAUAUUGGAUUGCAAAGUCGAGAAAGUGUUCAUCAAAAUUGUAAUUUAGAUUGGCAAUUUCACUUUUUGCUUGUUGGAAGUCGGUACAGAUAUUACAUGCUACUACAUAAUUCUUCGCCAUAUACUUGCUUGAACUUGUGCAAUUUUCUAUGUUUCCUCUUUUUGGGUGUCUCCUUUUCAUCGUGUAAAUUUGAGUGGACUUCAUUUCUUAAACUAAGGCUGGCUUGUAUUGUAUUUGCAGGAAACUCUUAUUAAUAAAGGUCCAAAAAAAGUUCAAGUUGGGUUCCCGCUACUAUAUGUCUGUAUGGUGGCACUUAUAUGUGUUUUCUUGGGAUACCAUUUACACUCUUGAUGCAUGGGUGAUCGAUCAUCUGCAGGAAGCUACUGACGUUGUGAAUUGCUUCAAGUUUGUUAAUAGCAGAAGUUUAGGCAAAAAUCCACUUUUGAAAUGUAAUAGGGGAUAUCUAUACUUGAGGAUCACUGAUGUUCGAUCUGAUCUCUGUAGCCAAUAAUCAUGCACGUCCCCACUUUUGUAUAUGCAAAAUUACCCACUUGUAAAGGUACAAAUAAUAUGAGAUAUAUAGAAGUCAGGUAGAUGACUUCUGUGAUUAGUUGAAAACUAGAACUGUUGUGUAUGAUAGUUGAGAUUGUUCUUUUCUCUGUGAACUCAACUUUGAUCAGUGUAUAACUGGAGUGGU